UUUGGACGAGACCUGGGAGAACCAGUAAAUGGUGGGACAACUUUGUGGAAGGAGUAGUUGAUGACCAUGCAUGGCGUGAAAACUUCCGUAUGUCCAAAGAUUGUGUUGUCGCCUUAAGUGAAGAACUAAGCCCUUACAUCAAGGGUGAAACAACGAACAUGAGAACACCUGUUGGAGUACUCAAAAAGGUAGCUUGCACGUUGUAUUAUUUAAGCGACGAGGGGCGGCUACGAAAAACCGCGAACGCCUUCGGCUUAUCACGGUCCACUGUGUCGGUUAUCAUCAGACAAACAUGCAAAGCUAUAACGGUCCACCUCGGUCCGAAAUACAUCCAUUUGCCAUUCACUGUGCCCGAGGCAGAGGAGCUCGUUUGCGGAUUUCUGCAGGAUCAUGGAAUGCCUCAAUGUUUGGGAGCUGUAGACGGGACCCACAUUGAAAUAAAACAGCCAGCCGUCAACGCCAUGGAUUACAUAAACAGAAAGGGCAAGUUUUCCCUAAACGUCCAAGCUGUGUGCGACCACAAAUACAGAUUCAUGGAUGUGGUCAUAAAAUGGCCUGGAAGUGUCCACGAUGCGCGUGUCUUCGCCAAUUCCAAAGUGAACACCUACUUCAAGACUGGGAAGAUACCUUCACUCGAAAAGCAGAUUGUGGAUGGAGAGCAGCCCAUACCCAUCUUUAUUUUGGGUGAUCCUACCUACCCCCUUCUCCCUUACCUUAUGAAAGAGUACUCAAAUGGAGGCUCUACCCCAUCAGAACAGUACUUUGGACUUUGUUUGUGUAAGGCCCGUAUGGUGAUCGAAUGUGCAUUUGGUCGGCUAAAGGCCAGGUUUGCAGCCCUGAGGCGGCCCAUGGACAUAAAUCUCCUUGACCUGCCAAGUGUUAUUUACGCUUGCUUUGUGCUCCACAACUACUGUGAGUCCUGUAACGACACUGUGGAUCACCAUGUUGAGCAGGAAGCCAUAGAGCAUGACAGGGAUGUGCAGCCUCCCACCCAGACAAACAGCUAUCUGACUGACUGUAAUGAGGGAAGUGGAAAGAGAGUGCGGAGAAUCCUCACCAAAUACCUUGACCCUUAAUAGCUUAUGGACUAGCACGUGUGGACAGUGACCAAGGUAGCUGACUAUUGGCUGUACGUUCUCUACAGCAAGGUGAUCAGUAUACCUACAGUGUAUUCACAUACA